GUUAACCCUGAGACGCACUACUUCAUUCUGUUCAAAGAACCACGCCCUGCAUAAAUGCGCCGAUAUUAAAUUACAUGAAUUUACAGAACGGAUUAUAAAGAACGAGGGAUUAAAAAAUGUACCGAUAAACAUCGUUUUACAGUCUCCAUUCCUUCCCCUGACAAC